GGUAUAUCCCCCCCCCCGUACUCAUCAUAUCUUCUUUGGUCUGACCUCGAAACAUCCUAAUCUGUUUAAUCUGUUUGAUUUGUCUCGUCAUCAGAGUCAUCCCAACCCACACUUCAUCCGUUCUUCUGCCGUGUCAUCCAUAUCCCGAACUCAAUUUCAUAUGAGCCCCAUCUUACCAUGUCGCGCUGCCCAUACAAUACAUAGUUCGCCUUUCCCAUUUCCACAAUCUUAACUUCAUUAUUUUCGCCUUACUUUUAUGCUUCCCUAUCUUCCCACGCAACCAUAGUAUCUUAUCAAAUAUUCCAAACGAAGAAAUAUCAUUACCUUCACGGUUCGUAACAUCGUUACCUGCAUCCUUCAUCCAUACACAACGUUGCAAGCGACGACACAGUCUCCACUAUCAUACACCAGCAAUUCGAAAAGUCCUUGGAGACUACCUAACAAAUUUCAAUAGACACUUGCUAUGUCGUCUCAGUUAAGACUCAAUACUUCGGUAGAUCAGGAUCAACUUCAAUUCCUUCUGGCACAGCAAGAGCAAAUUCAAGCGCAAAUCGCAUCCCUCACAUCCGGCUCGGCGUCAGCAUCGUCGUUUCCCCAUCACAGAUCCCCGAUAUACAAACAACAAACACAACGAAGACACAAUGUUCCCCGAAGUUUGUCAAGCAGUGGAGCUCCCAUGGCCCGACACCCGUCUUCUGACCGGAUGGAAGCAACCGGAAUAUCGCGGACAAUAUCUCAACAAUCUGAGCCCGUCAUGAUGCGAGCAAGCUCAAUGAAUAGUGCAUCUACACGCUCCGGAAGAUUACCAUUUACCCAGAACGGCGCGAUGCCCCCUCCACUCCAUAAUGAUCUCCGCCGAGGAAAUCCCGCCCUCGAAGCUUGGGUUAAUCAAGAUCAGCCCUACAGCUCUUACACCUUCUCGCAUCAAACCUCGGCUUCCCCCCUUCAGCGCUCUAUGUCUCAACGGAAACCGGAAUUAGAACAAGUUCUCGAGGUUCCCCAAGGUUUUGAAAACCCCGCCGACUUCCUCUUCCGUACCGGAUUUACUGGUGUCCCACCUACCCCAGUUUUCUCGAUUACGCCUUCUCCGGUAUCGAUGCACUCUUCAACACCGAUGCAACUUCAACAAUCGCGACAGUCAUUCAACAUUCCUAGCACGCCUACAACCACGACUCUUACUGAUGCAACUACAUACACAAGUAACAUGAGUCGACAAAAUAGUCUCUUUAACGAGCCUCUGGUGGAAAGUAUUGAAAUGAUGAAGUUCAAUUCGAACAAUUCCUUUUCUACAGGUAUCAAUGAUGAUUCUGUUUAUCCCGUUGCUCCUCAGUAUAAUUCUACUCAUCAUAGUCGUCGGUCUUCCGACGAGGAACAAACUCAACUACUUGUUGGGGCUGGUGGUGUUGGCAAUGAUUCUCAGUUUUCUCUUUCUUUUCCUAGUACGGAAGCCUUUGCUCAAUCUCAAAUUUCUGCACCUUUUGCUCAACAGAUGGAAAAGUCACAAUCGAUUGAAAGUGUUUCAUCGAGUAUGUCAUCAUCAUCUCGUAAUAAGCAGCGGCUACAAGUUAGUAACAUUGCCGCUGCACGACCACUUAUGCCUAAGGGUGGUGGUGAAGAGAAUUCGAUAUCACGAGUCAACUCAUCACAAUCAAUGACCCGGCUCGAUUCGAAAGAUGUGACAAAUGAUAAGAUUGCUAUCGAAAAGCGCGCUUAUCAGCGACCAAAGCACGAACGCGUAUUCUGCAAGUUAUGUGAUGAACACCCUGAUGGGUUUCGUGGCGAACAUGAGCUUCGAAGACAUUGCGAUCGACAACAUAAGAGAAUGGUGAAGAAGUGGGUUUGCAUUGAACCGCUGAGCAGUCAAGGACGCGAAAAGCCCGUAUUGCCACUCUCAAAAUGCAAGGCGUGCGCGACACAGAAAAAGAAGUAUGGAGCAUACUACAACGCAGCUGCACACCUUAGAAGAGCGCAUUUCAAACCCAAAUCCAAGGGUAGAAACAAGAAUAGUAAGGUUGAGGAGUCUCAAAAGCGUGGUGGAAAGGCUGGAGGAGAUUGGCCUCCAAUGUCGGAGUUGAAAAAUUGGUUCAAAGAGGUGGAAGAGCCAGCAGCAGAUUAUACUCAACAAGACGAUGAGAACGAUGAUGAAGAGAUGAACGAGAAUAUGCUUAACAGUCUGUCGCCAAAUCAUGACGCACCAACUGAUUUCGAUAAUGUCAUCAACAAAGUUCCGAUUCACCAAGUAUACCCGUCGAUCAACACACAAAACUUUGCCAGCAACAUCAACUUCGACAAUUCGAUGCAACAGAACAUUGAUUUAUCAAUGAACUAUGCAGGUCAAACAAACUUUGACUUUUCUUCUUUUCCUAUGAAUGACCCAUCAGUGGCAUUCUUUGAUCCUGUUUCUUCUCCUCAAGUUUUUGAUGAUCAAUCACUUGUUGGUGUCAAUUCUGUAAAUUUUUCUUAUGAUCCUUGUUUGUCUUUCAAUUAGGUAUUAUUCCUACUCUGUUCAUACUGGUAUGGUUCGAGUAAGGUGUGAUUACAAAUUUUCCUUUUUUUCUUCCUAUCUGCCUUCAGUCAUACUUUCGACAAUUCAUCAAUUUGGUGAGUUGAAUUGAUGAAUUGUCGCUUGGCGUCAGAUUUCUAGAUAGGCAGGCGUAUUUCCAUUUUCUUUCUUCUUUCUGUAUCUUUUUCCCUCUCUUGCCCCUUUCUUCGUUAGGAAGUCACGGCUGUUAUGAGUAAUGAAUUCGAUAUAUCUGGUGGUGGUAUCUUUCUUUUUUCCUUUCUCUCCUCGUUUCUUUUUCAUCUCUUUACCUGCGUUCAGGUUUUUGGAUUGGUUUUGAUUUUGUUGGGGGUUUCGGUGUUUGGGAAUCGACAACGAGAGUUGUCGUGGUUAGGAUUGGAUGGGAUGGGACAGAACAGGAUGGAUGGAUGGAUGAUUGAUUGAUUUACUGGAUUAUACCUACAGUAAUAACCUUGAUUAUAUACAAGUUUAUUUUAUCUGUUUUUUGUUUUUUUGAUUGCUUGUUUUCUAUGGCAUGAGUAGACUUUGGAUUUCUGAUGAUGGGGAAGGGAGAUGAAGAGGAGAUGAAGAGAGUUGAGUGGUGUAGUAGUGGUUGGAGUCAGGAUUGGAGAGCGUCUAUGCCAUGACGAUGUGGAUGUGGAGGCGAUGAAGAUGAAGAUGAAGAUAGAAAUGAAGGUAGAUGUGUGAAUAAGAUAAACGACAAAUUUAUAGAUACUUAAUGAUAAUACAAAUUGAUUCUUUUAUUCAUACA